CAGUCACUGUGACUGAGAGCAGAAAUGGAGCAGGAUCAGCUCGACCGAGAAACUUUCUCCUGUUUGAUCUGCCUGGAUCUACUGAAGGAUCCGGUGACUACUUCCUGUGGACACAGCUACUGUAUGAACUGUAUUAAAACCCACUGGGAUGAAGAGGAACAGAAGAGAGAAGAGAGAGAGAGGAUCUACAGCUGCCCUCAGUGCAGGGAAACAUUCAUACCGAGGCCUGUGCUAAAGAAGAACACCAUGAUAGCAGCUUUAGUGGAGCAGCUGAAGAAGACUGGACUCCAAGCUGCUCCUGCUGACCACUGCUAUGCUGGACAUGGAGAUGUGGCCUGUGAUGUCUGCACUGGAAGAAAACUGAAAGCCAUCAAGACCUGCUUAGUCUGUCUGGCCUCUUUCUGUGAGAAACACCUUCAACCUCAUUAUGAUUCAGCUGCUUUUAAGAAACACAAGCUGGUGGAGCCGUCCAAGAACCUCCAGGACAACAUCUGCUCUAAGCAUGAUAAGUUAUUGGAGAUAUUCUGCCGCACUGAUCAGAAGUGUAUCUGUUAUCUCUGCACCAUGGAUGAACAUAAAGGUCAUGACACAGUCUCUGCUGCAGCAGAAAGGACUGAGAGGCAGAGAGAGCUGGAGGAGAGACGAGGAAACAUCCAGCAGAGAAUCCAGGACGGAGAGAAAGAUGUGAAGCUGCUUCAACAGGAGGUGGAGGCCAUCAAUCACUCUGCUGAUAAAGCAGAGGAGGACAGUGAGAAGAUCUUCACUGAGAUGAUCCGUCUCCUCCAGAAAAGAAGCUCUGAGGUGAAGCAGCAGAUCAGAUCCCAGCAGGAAACUGAAGUGAGUCGAGUCAAAGAUGUUCAGGAGAAGCUGGAGCAGGAGAUCACUGAGCUGAAGAGGAAAGACGCUGAGCUGGAGCAGCUCUCACACACAGAAGAUCACAGCCAGUUUCUCCUCAACUACCCCUCACUGCCAGCACUCAGUGAGUCUACACACUCAUCCAGGAUCAACAUCCGUCCUCUGAGACACUUUGAGGACGUGACAGCAGCUGUGUCAGAGCUCAGAGAUAAACUACAAGACGUCUUGAGAGACUCAUGGACAAACAUCUCACUGAUGGUAUCUGAGGUGGAUGUUCUACUGUCAGGACCAGAACCAAAGAGCAGAGCUGGGUUCUUAAGAUAUUCAUGUGAAAUCACUUUGGAUCCAAACACAGUACACACAAGGUUGUUACUAUCAGAGGAGAACAGGAAGGUGACACUGAUGGAUCAACGUCAGUCCUAUUCUAGUCACCCAGACAAAUUCACUGGAUCUUAUCAGGUUCUGAGUAGAGAAAGUCUGACUGGACGUUGUUACUGGGAGGUGGAGAGGUGUGGGAUAGUUGAUGUAGCAGUCGCAUACAAGACUAUCAGCAGAGCAGGAGGUAAGAAGGAAUGUGGAUUUGGAUUUAAUGACAAAUCUUGGGCAUUAGUGUGUCAACAAAACAGGUUUGGAUCUCGUCACAACAACAUCUGGACCCCCAUCUCAGGUCCUGAUUCCUCCAGAGUCGGCGUGUACCUGGAUCACAGAGCAGGUAUUCUGUCCUUCUACAGCGUCUCUGAAACCAUGACUCUCCUCCACAGAGUCCAGACCAGAUUCACUGAACCGCUACUGGCUGGAGUUUGGGUUAGUUACAUUGAGGACUCAGCAGAGUUCUGUAAACUCUUAUAGAUUUUCACUCUUUUCUCUGAUUGUUGGUCAGGUUAAUGCUUCUGAUGUCUUUGCUCUUCUGUUCUGGUUUCUCAUGAUGUUCUUGUUAAAAUCUGUUAAUAUUGAAGUGAACUGAAGUUGCUUUUUUUCUUUAUUUUGAUCCAAAUAAGAAACUGAAUCUAACAUCAAUUUAGAACUGAUGCUGUUUCCUUCUCAGUUCUUUAGGGGGUUGAAUACUUUUGCACAAAGUAUUUUUAAUUUUUUUUUAUUUGUAAAAGUUUUGAAUUAUGGAUAAUUUUCUAUCCACUUCACACUUGUAUACAACACUGUGUUGGUCUUUCACAUUAAAUUCCAAUCAAAUAUAUUUAUGUUUGUGGUUGUAAUGUGACAAUUCAGAAUGCUGCUGCUGGAGUUCUGACUAAAACCAGGACCUCUAUUCUCUGAGCAGGUAUUCUGUCCUUCUACAGCAUCUCUGAAACCAUGACUCUCCUCCACACAGUCCAGACCAGAUUCACUGAACCGAUACUGGCUGGAGUUUGGGUUGGUUACACAAUAAGAGACUCUGCAGAGUUCUGCAAACCCAAUUAAAUUUUCUCUCUGAUUGUUGUUCAGGGUUCAUAGUUCUGAUGUUUCUUUUGUUCUGUUCUUUAUUUUUCUUAUUUUAAAUGUAGUUCUCUGUGAUACAGGAGGCAUAAAGGAAAUCCCAGCUGAUGUUUUCUAUCAUUCUGAUAUGACAGAAAUUUCUUCACAUGAAAAUCUGAGCUUCUUUGGGUUCUAAUAGUUUUGUUUCAAUAUUUAUAUUGAUGUAUUUGGAUGUUCUGGUUUCACUUCCUUUGUUCUUCAGAACAAAUGUUCUUGAUUAAAUCAAUUGAUACUGA